AUGAAAAUGUAUCAAUCCAAACUUGAGCAAUACGUCCAGUUCCUUUCCCCGCGGCGCCGUCAUGGUCGUAACUUCCUAGAUCUGCCAGACGACAUCCGAUGCCAUAUCUACCGCCUCACGGGUGUAGUUCGCAAAUGCCCUAUCUACCUGUAUUGGGAUCCUCGGGAGAAUCGCAACAUUCUCGGCGCCAAUGGAGAUCCCAUGCCCUGCCUGACAGCUAGUGCCUCUGACCUCGACUGUGACUGUCACGAAGUUCUAGAUCGCUAUUAUUAUCGACCGAUCCCGGUCUCUCUUUUCUGCUGUAGCCGAGAUGUCUACCGGGAGGCGUCGUCCCUCUUCUACGGUAAUAAUCGCUUUUACGUUCAGUAUACAGGACUGGGCAGCUUUGACGCCAUGAUGGGGCUGCGUCCGAAGACUCUUGCUAUGAUCAGCUACCUGCAUAUUGUGCUGCACCGGACCAAUAAAGACUCAUCACUAAGUAAUUGCAAUUGUGAGGAUCAAGAAAUACGGCGGCAUCCCUUACGUCGCAUGCCUCCUCGACGCUAUCGAGACUUGAUUAGUGGGUGGAAAGCCGUCUGCAUGCGACUGGCAGAGUCUAUCACUCAGUCUCGGCUUGAGAUGUGUCUUAUCUGCGAUACUGACGACAUAAAUGUGGCAGCCGAAGUGCUCGGUCCCCUGCGGCAGCUGCCAUUGCUAGCAGCCUUCUCGGUGCGAUUUGCACCGCCUCGGAGCACCCGGAAUAUUCCCAUAGAUAACAGCCUCCAUGUUAAUCUCUACCACAUGGCAAGGGAGGUAUCUAUGGGGAUAACUGGGCGCACCAGCAAUCAUCACAAUCAAACAUUUAAAUAUAAUCUACUACCCGCGGAGCUCCAACUCCGCAUCCUUGAACACACUGCACUUGUCGCACCAGAGGGUUACUUAGCCUGGAGUCCCGGUUCAGGCUUCUCUAGCCUCGACGAACUCUACGGGUACCGUUGGGAGCCUCAGCUACAUCGUUGCCGGAUAUGCGAUCCCUUGCGCAUCAUGUGCUGUCUCCCAAUGCUCCCGAAGGGCGGAACGUGGGUGUCGCAGUGUAAUAAGUGCUGGAAGUUCCCCUUGUCUCUUUUUCUCGUCAACCGGCACUUUUAUCAGGAAGCAACACGUAUAUUCUGGUCGCUCAACCGGUUCGUCGUAUUUGAUAUAGAAGCCUACCCCAGUGACGUUAUCGGCCCCUUCCCACCUAUCUUAGAGCCUGUCCAGUUGACGGCCUUUAUGUCGCCGUAUGCGAUGCGCUACCUGCGCUACCUGCAGUUUAACUCUCCUCCAACCCGGGGAAAAGCACUGGAGGCGUAUAAGGUGAUGGUUGAGUUGCUCCGACGCAGUGCGGAUCUGCCUCGGCUGACGAUCACUCUUGAUCUUAGGGGGAUAGAGUCGUAUGAAUAUGAAUAUCAGGACCCUAUCAGCGAGGAGCAGGAAAUUCAGACUUAUUUAGAAUUAUAUAUGCCGUCUGUCAUUGAGUUAGUACCCCUGCGGGCACUCAAGGAUUUCUUUGUCCACAUCGGCACCCUUCGGAGUUGGCGUUAUUGUGUGGAGAACAAGCAUGCGUUAUGGGAGCGGAGGCUGGAAACGAUGGUUAUGGGAAUGGAGUAUCGAAGUCCAGAGAGGGUGAAGCGGGAUGUGUUAUAUGCAAUGGUAUAA